ACUCGAAACGCAUCGGGCCGCCGUCGUCGCAGCUCGUCACGUGUGUUCGGCCGUGUGCUCGUAAGUGUGUGCUUGCAGACGUGCGUGCGAGUGGCCGAGAGUGCAAAAGCCAGUGCAAAAGCUCAUCGUCACGUGGGCGAACCCAUUUGAAUACGAGAGAUCGUCGCCGUGCGAGCGAGAUCCGUCUCGCGCUGCUCUUCUCCCUGUGUGCUUAAUGCCGCGAGUGCACGAUAUCGUCGUAGCGUCGACUCGUUGAAUGAGGAUCAGAAGAGGAAGACCAAGAUCCGAGGAGGAAGCGAUAAUAAGGCCGAUGGCCACUGCUUCGGAUAAUCCGCCAGCGCCAAUGAUACAGUCUGCUCGAAGGUGACGGCGAAGAAGCCUCCGAUAAAAAAUUAAUAUAGGCGACAAUGGCUUCAAGAGUCCCAAGCGUUCAUCAGCGAAAGCUCGGACCGGCACCUAUUGCCUCUUUCGAGGAUCUGUCCGAUGAAGUCGAAAACGGUGCCGCUAGUGGUGGCGAAUCGUCAUCGGUAGGUGGAAGGAUGCCUGGCAUAGUCGAGCACCAGCAGCAUCCACCGCCGCUGGCUGUCGCCCAUCACAUGCUCAAGACGCCGGCCACGCCGAGGAUCGACAUCAGUCGGGCGAGCAGCUCAUCCGUGCAAGAGGAGGAAAGCGGCUCGAGGGAGUCGACGCCCGAGAAAGAACUGCUCGCUGGUGCCGCGCCGCCGGAGGGCUGCCAGCUGCAGCUCGGCUACAAGGAGGACUGCACCGAUCUGCGCUCGUCGACCGAGGAGCUGGAGCUGCGCGACCCGGUGCACGAGCAGGACCUGCGCCGCGAGAUGAAGAGGUCGCGCCGGAGGCACAGGCACGAGCUGCACGACGGCACCCAGUCCGAGCACGGGGUCAGCAUCAAGAUACAGCAGAGCGAGAGGGAGCGCAAGGACAGCAACUGCAGCGAGAUCAUCCUGCUGAACAUCAGCGGCCGGACCUCGAGGUUGUCCUCGGUUGGUAGUCAGGGUUCCGCCGUCUCGGACAGGAACCUCUCGGUUUCGGCUGCCUCGUCUAGAUCGCCGAGUCCGCACAAAUGUCUGCUGGAGACGUCGUUCUGCGGGAGCGCCUCGACCCUCGACAACGCCAUGAUCGAGCCGGUGAAACCCGACACGGACGACAUCGCCAAGAUCCUGCUGCUGCGAGAGGCCGACUCGACCCGGGCUCUCAUACCCGAGAACGUGCGUUUGCCCAUUGUCGCGGGCAACAUCAAGCCCGACCCUCUGGACGCUCCCAGGAGGCGUCAGGGUCGCGAGGAGAGGAAAGAGAUAUUCAGACGCGAGGUCGAGAUCACCAAGAAGGUCCUGAAACGCGUCAAUAUCGACGUACCGAUAAUCAAGCUGCCCAAAGAGGCGGAAAACGGCGCCGCGGAGGCGACGGAAACGAGCUUGGUGACGCAGAAGCCACCGGCACCGGCGACUCUCAAUCUUCACGAGCGUCGCAAGCGCAGCCCCAGCACGGCCUCGACCUCGUCGCGCAACCAGGAGACGCCCAAGCUGCAGAGACACGAGAAGAUACGCGAGCUCGAGGGCUCGAGAACGCCCAGUCCGUCCUCCGUCUCGAGGAAGAGUAGCUUUACCUCGCUCUUCAAGGGACGAACGGAGGGAAACGCAAGCGUUCAGGAUUCACCAACGCCAGGUAGUUCGAGGCGUCCUAGUUUAGUAAUGCGCCUCAAAGACACGGCUGAAAAUUUGCGCAGCCGAAGCAAAAGUCGCGAACGACGUCCAAGCUCCGGAUGCGGCGAUCGUUCACCCAGUGCCAAGAGAUCAGAGUCCCGGGGUCGCUUGGGAAGCGGUGUCUUCUCCUCGACCCUCAGUCUAUUCAAAAAGAGGGAGAGAAAGAAGAGUGACGGAGGCACAAGGACACCCGAUCAUUUAAAUGGUAGCAAUGGCCAUUUGGAUAGUUUAGAGUAUCAGUUCCGAACGCCAAGUCGAACUAGUCAAAACAAAGAAGACGUCAUUUUCAUAAGUUUAUACGGAGAGAACGAUGAAUUCAGGUACAAAGACGAGUACCCACUGCCAGCCGAGGACGAAACGAUCAAACCACUUGAGCCCGAAAGCCCAUCGAAAAUCUUCCAAGAUGAAAACGACGAUAUUUCGAGUCCUCACCAGGCUACCUGUAAUAUUGUUUGUACCGAUGUAACAAUUGAACACCAUAGAAAAUCAAGACUAAGUAGGGACAGUAUAAGAAUGUCCACAUCGUCGGGAGAUGAGGUCAAAACGCUCGACGGUCAUGCUCGAAGUUCAUUAAUUUCCAAGAGCGAUUCCAGAGAUUCCAAAAUAUUGACUGAAGGAAAAAAAGAAUUUGCAAACAAUUUUAGUCGCGAGGGAACUCCACCGACAGAAGAACACAAGGAAGAUACCAAAAGUCAACGUAUGUCAACGAGUUCAUCGAAAGAGUCGAUGAGUAAACGAUCCGAAGCAUCGAAACCAAGAAGAAAGUCUCGAAGUAGCUCGAUAACGAAGCCAACGUCGGAGCCUCCACCGCCACCCAGUAAAGUUGUCGAGAUCAACGGCAAAGCGCCAAAAGUUCAAUCGCCACCGAGGCAAGUCGAUGAGAAGCCCAAGCAAGAAGAAUUGAUCUUACCGGCCGAGUCAUUGAAGAAAACGCCGAGCGCUGCGUCUGAUUUGGACAAGAACAGCUCGGGUUCGGAGCGAGACGCCGAAAUCGAGUUCGUGAAAAACAAAGGAAAGGGCGAGCGGAAAAAAGAGGUGGCCGACGAGCUGCCCGACGAACAAAAGGGCCUUUGUUACGAGGAGAGUUUCGAGGAAGAUUUGCCGUACGUGCCAACGACUCUGCCGCUGGAAAAAAGCGCAGCCGUGCCUAUACUGUCCGUCAAGCAGAGACUUCAAGAAGUUAAAAAAACUACGCCGAUCGAACGACCUCGAUCCACGACUCCGAUAAAUCCAACGCUUCUCGACGAGUACGUCCAGCACACCCAGCAAGCGAACGAGCACCAGCAGCGAGGCGACAAGAUGCGCAUAUCCCUGCCGCGGGAGGACAGCUUUCGACUGAAAUCGCCUCACCGAUCGUCCUUGACGGGCCACAACAGUUUCACGGAGUUCGCUGAGCGAGUCUCGGCCGGUACUCGCCAGCCCGGCUUCACCAAAUCACCGAGUCCUCCCCCGUUGCCGCCGAGAGCGCCCACGACGAGACUGACGACGACGACUGUUCUUCCGAGCACGAACGUUGCCAGACAACAGAACUGGAUCAAUUUCGAGGAAAUACCGGAGAAGAGAAAAGCCCCCAAGAGGAUACAGACCAUACCGAGGCUGGACGACGACAGAUACGCGACUGGUCACGGAAGCAUGGGUCAGUACAGCUACGUGCAGCCGGAGGAAUGCCGCUGCGAGUGUCACGAAGAGUCGCGUCGGGCCAACUCGUUGCAGCGAGACGGAGCUCGGCAUCAUCAUUCGUCGGGCUCUUCGUCUUCGAUGGUUUGCGGCAACGGCCGAUCGCGCAACAGUAACGCCUGCAACGGAGAAAAUUGCCAGCAACAGACUGCCAAUCCUUCCGCGGUGCAAACGGCCGAGCGAAGCAAUGUCAUAAGGAGAUCCACAUCUUCUUCUAUGACGACAGCUCGCACGACGGGAGCCCGAGUAUCGAAUACCCGCCAGGGGGAUAUCCGAGGCAGCACCACCACAGGGGUUCAAAACCUUUCGAAAUGGACCUCGACGUAAGCUCCAAUCGGUCUAGUAUCAUAUCUCAGGACGAAACAGAAGACUAAUAAAGAGUGUAAUGUGUACAAAAGUUGUAAUUGGUAAACUCUUUUUUUUGGUUGGUAGCAUAAUUACAAAUUUCGAUAAAAAUGUUAGACCAAAACAAAAAAAGUUUGUAUUCAAAAUUUAUCGUUACGAUACUUGGUUGAUUAAUUGUUGAAAACAAAAUUUUUUCCCACUCUAACCUAAAAUACGCAACUUUGCCGCUAAUUUUAGGCUCU